GACACUGGACUGCCCCGGUAACCCUCAGAGCUGCUCAGUCCCUGAACUAGUGCUACCACAAUCGAAUCUUUGCCUGGGCUAUGAGAUAUGGAAGUAUAAAUGAUGGGAAGGACCUAUGUCUUACUGCUCCUCGAAUCCAAGCUGAUGGUGGAUUUAGAAUAGGGGCUGUCUGUGUCUUCAGCCUAUGCAACCUAUGCAGAGUCAACAGACGUGAAGGGAAGAGAGAGCAGAAGAAGGCUUUCAUCUAGCUUUAACUGCUCUGUGAAGCAAAGUGGGACGUCAACUCCUUUCAGCUCUGGAGCAUCUAAGUGUCUGUCACAAUAAGAAGCAUUCAAUCGAUUGUCUUCUACAGUCUGUGAAAGGAGGAGGCUAUGAGAAGUUUCAAUCUCAGCUUAGAAGGUUUCCUGUUGGUAGGCUUCUCAGAUUGGCCUCGACUGGAACUUAUCCUGCUGGUCCUCCUUUCAAUUUUCUACUCUCUAACCCUCUGUGGCAACAUCACCAUUAUUGUUCUCACUCAACAGGACCUUCAGCUGCAAACACCCAUGUACUUCUUCCUUGCCCACCUCUCCUUCCUGGACCUCUGUUUCACCAGUAGCACUGUGCCCCAGCUUCUAAUCAGUCUUUCCCAAAGUGAUCAGAUGAUCAGCUAUGCUGGGUGCAUGACCCAGUUGUUCAUAGCGCUCUUACUGGGUGGAGCUGAGUGUGUCCUCCUUGUGGUGAUGGCUUUCGACCGCUAUGUCGCUGUGUGUCGUCCACUACACUACACCAGCAUUAUGCACCCUCUUCUCUGCCACACAUUGGCCAUCUCCUCCUGGGUGGGAGGCCUUGUGAACUCUCUGACUCAGACAAGCCUCAUCAUGACCAUACCUCUCUGUGGCCAUCACCUGAACCACUUCUUCUGUGAGAUGCUUGUUCUCCUGAAGCUGGCUUGUGGGGACACAGGGGGAACAGAGGCUGACUUGUUUGUGGCAGGGGCUAUAAUUUUGGUCUGUCCUGUAGCACUAAUUCUAGGCACCUAUGCACACAUUGCCCAUGCGGUGCUGAAGAUCAAGUCAAGAGCUGGGCGCAGAAAGGCUCUGGGGACUUGUGGGUCCCACCUUACUGUGGUUUCCCUCUUUUAUGGCUCAGCCAUGUACACGUAUCUCCAACCUGUCCACAUGUAUUCUGGGAGUGAAGGAAAGUUCGCUGCCCUCUUUUAUACCAUAGUUACUCCUAUGCUGAACCCUCUGAUUUAUACCCUAAGGAACAAGGAUGUGAAAGGGGCUCUGUGCAAGGUACUUAGAAAAGGAAGAGACAAAGAAUAGGAGAAAGAAGUUUGAAUAAAAUUAUAUAUUUCUCACAGAGUCAAGAAUUCUGGACCCAAUAUACUUUUCUCUUAGAAGUCAAGACAUAAUUUCCUAGGUGGUGGUGGAGACUACUAGAAUAUAUUUCCUUAGUGACUUUCAAAUAGAAAAUUUUAAAUCGUGUUCUUGAAACUGAAAAAAAACAGGCAAUCUUUUUUUCUUCCAUUUUUAUUAA